UGAUGGUACAAUGUAUAUGCGGCCUGGCGGCGGCAGUGACUGACCUACUGCAGUCAGUACAACUGGAGUACCAUGGCUAUCAAGGAGAUACUAAGGAGACUGGUACCAACAAUGGCGCCACCAGUGACAAAGUCAAGGAACACCUCAACGGACUCUUCUCCCUAGUCCAGGGACUAGGUGGUACUGCAGUGGUCCGGACCUACAUAGACCAGCUGGCACAGGUACUCAGUGCACUCGUUGGGUGGAGUAAGAUAGAUAAGUGUUGGGACAGUAAGGGCAACUGCAAGGUCGGUGGCAAUGGAUAUCAACAUGGCAUAAAAACGGAUUGCGAGUAUCUAAAGGAUGUAAAGGAAAACACUCCGUGCAAGGACUGUGGGUGUAUGAAAUGGGAAGUGACCAGGCCGGACGACGAAGGAACACCACUGGGAAGGAAGUGUACUAGGUGUAGUAGUGGUGGUAGUAGUAGUGCACAGUGUAGUUGUAGUAGUGGUGGUGGCACAUGUAGUGCUGGCAAGGACUGCAAAUGCGCUAAAGAAGGCAAAUGCUGCAAGUGUUGUUGUAAUAGUGGGAGUUGUAAGGAUAAGUGUCAGAAGGAUGCUAAGUGUAGUUGUGAUAAGGAGGACAGAUACAGGUCGGCAUAUCCCAAAACUACCAGAGACUGGGCUGAUGGUGGUUUCACCCUUACAUGGGUACAACUUGUUGACACGUGGAUGGAGACAAAGAGUGAUAGUAGGAGUGCUUCCCUACGACGUCACCACUGUGCCCGCAUCUUACUAGGGUCAGUAUGUCUCAUCUGGAGUGGACUUACUUAUAUGUAUUGGACAGGAAAGUGGGCCAAGGGUAGUCCCCGGUGGAACAAUCACAUUUUGGAUGGCAGUGGUCUAGAUGAUGGCACACUAUCCCAAUGGCUACAGGCCCUAGGGUUUCCUAGGGAUAUGAUUAAUAAUAGUGGUCCUAGAAAUAGGUGGGAUGCAGUUAUAUGGGAUGGGUUUAGGGGUAUGUUAUAUUUGGGAUUCCCGGAUACUGGUAAUGGUAGUCCUGUCCAUGGCGGGGACUAUAAUGAUAAUACAUUCAGACAACCAGCUGGUAUGAACUAUGCAGGAUACAUACAUACCGUAGACAGGGGUGCAUUUUGCAGCAAGGCUACUGUCUUCAAGAAAGAUAAUGGCAAUGGCGCCACCAGCAUAACUGACGAACAGAUGCACAAAUGUGGUGCCUUGUACAAGCUCUAUAUUCUAUCAUGUGCGUAUUUCACUGGAUUGCAGAAAAAGCGUAGUACCCAGAGCAAUACUCCUACGACUCCUAGGACAAUCCGUGAGAUCAUCUACUGGCUAAGUGCACUGCCAUAUAGUGAGGCAUAUCCAAAGAUACUGCAGCAUUCCAAGGAAAUAUUGAAGAAGGUAGCACCAGAAAAGGAUGGUACUAAAACGCUCUCAUUCCUUCAAACAGGCCGUACCCAUCCCAUUACGGUCCAUGAAUUCAACCUUUUUGCCCACUUCCAAGCAGUGACUCAGUACUGCCCACUGGUCCUCAUAGGUAUCCAAGGAGGAAUACAUAGCACUAAAGGAACUGACAGCACCAAAGAACCUCCUAUUCACUCCCUAUACGCUAACACUGAAUGCCGCUUCACCUAUCCCACAGUGUCCAUCCAAGCAUACAACCAGGUGGUACACUACAUUAGGGCUCUAUUCUACCAGCUCUACUUCCUUAGGAAGCAAUGUGCCGUGAAAGUUGCUAUGGGAGGGAAGUGGAGAGAGUGUAGGUAUGGUGAUGGGGUAGUCUCCAAGGGGGUAAUCAGCUGGAUGUGCCUGGGGUGUAACCCCAUGGAACAUGAUAGGAAAUGUAGGGUUGAAGGAUUAAAGAAGGGGUUGGAUGGGGUAAUAAAUAAGCUAAAGGCAUUGGAAGGGGAGGCUGAGAACACAGGGGGGAUCAAUGGGGUGAAAGAGUUAAGGGAAGGAAUAGAGAAGCUGAGGGAUAUACUGGGGGCUAUUGGUGAUGUAGUGGUACAAUUGGGUAAUGCCCAGGAGAGGUUGGAUACGGGAAAGAAUGAUCUAGACGGAGUGAAGGAGGCACUAAAGAAAGUAGAGGGGGUGAAUGGUGGGAAUGGAUUCAAGGAUGUACUAAAGGAGGUACUAGAGGAAGUGAAGAAGAAGGUGACGGGACUAGGGAAGGCGGGUGGACUAAAGGAUGCUAAAGAGAAGGCUAAGAAUGCACUGGAGGAGGCUAAGGCGGUAGUAGACAAGCAGAACGGUGCUGAUGUUGAUCCAUGUAAGAACCUAGUGAGUGCUGCUAUAGAUGGGUUACACAAGGCAUUGGAGAUAUUGAAGGGAGGACUGGAGGAGCACAUAAAAGAAAAGAAAGGGCAACUAUUGAAAGCAAAAAAGAAUCUAUCGCAUGUAUUUGCAGUAGGUGUAUCGGUUGAUGAAGAGAAUGCCUUGCUUGAUGCCAUUAACCAGCUCAUCUCCAUCUGCACCUCUCCCAAGUGCAGUGCAUGUGAGUCACACUCUACCAAAUGUGGCAAACCACCAACACCCAGCUUCUGUCAGACCUGUCUCCAACCAACCACCACUGGUGUCCCCUCCCCCCUCCAGGCAUUCCUCGAGGAUCGGUUACCAGGAUUUAGUUGUGACGUAGUACGAAACACUGACACAGACAAAGACACCGUGUAUCCACCUGCUGCAUCCCACUUAGGACACUGUGGGUUGAUAGAGGCCCUAGGGGGAGUAGUGGACGCAGGAAAGUAUGUACUAGAGAAGAACAAGUCCAUGCUCUCAGGGAAACUAAAGGGUGCCCUAGAGAAGGUAAUAGAGGUAGUACUGGAGGUAGUGAAGAAAUUAGAGGAGGGGGUGAAGAAGAAGAAUGGGAAAGGAUUAGAGAAUGCUAAGGCGGCACUUGAUGCGGCUCAGAAGGCACUAAAGAAGGCUAAGGUGAAUCUAGGGAAUGGUAAUGGGAAGGAACUAGGGACGGCUAAGGAGAAUCUAGAGAGUCUGUCAAAGGAUGGUAAAGGAUUACUACAGGAAAUAUGGAAGGCACUAGGGGAACUAGAUCCCAAUGGUAAAGAGCAAUCACUGAAAGACUUCAUCGAUGUUUCCGAAGGGAAACUCCAAGUAGAUCCUGGUAAGAAUACGGUCAGUGAGUUCAUCCAUAAGAGUGAUACCGAGGUCAUAGGGACACUGAUAGACCAGUUGGCCCAAGGACUACAGAAGUGGGUUGGGUGGAAGGAUACAGGAGAUGAUUGUUGUCUUAAGGGGGAAGGUGGAAAGAGUACGGGGAUAGGAAGGGAAUGUAAAUGUACUGGUAGUAGUGGUGGUAGUAACUGUUGUGGUAAGAGUGGUCCUAGUACUACUUGUCAUGAGUGUGGCAAGUGUGGUACCAGUGCCCCUGGCCAAAAAUGCUACCUCUCGGCCUAUUGCAAAAAUAGUACCGCUAGUAGUGGUUCCAGUUCCCCUACAGACCUCUUCCUUUGGACCUCCAUCUCCAGUGACUCUGAAAAGGUCCACCUCCUGGCCCGUAUUUUCCUAGGGUCAGUAUGUCUCAUCUGGAGUGGACUCAGUCAGUUGGGGUUCCUAACUGGAGGGAGUGGUGGUAAGGGAAGGUGGAGCCAGGAUGGAACACUUAGUAAAGAGACAGAUGGCCUCGGCUCAUUCAUGGCGGCCAUGGGCUAUGACCUGGACAGGUUGAAUGGGAGUGGUCCAGGUGAGUACUGCCUAGGGUAGUUAUGCUAUUAAUGCAUGUAAGGAGAUCAACAGUUUAUU